UCUUUCUCUCGUUAUGUCGUCGAAAUUCAGGAAAUUCAUCAUGUCAUUCCAUUGAACAGUGCCAGGGCCUAUUGCAGGCUGAGUGACAGGAUGGAAGUGCCAGUGAGAGUAGUGACGAGGGUGCGACCACAAACAGCACAGGAACAUAACCAUGGAACGUGCAUUCAGGUUGCUCCGGCAGCCUCUCAGGUCAUCCUGGGUUAUGACCAUUUUUGUGACUUUGAUGCGGUCUUUGGUCAUGAUGUCACACAAAAAGAACUGUACGACUCUUGCCUGUCGGACAUGGUUGUUAACUUCUUUCAGGGAUACAAUGUGACAGUGAUCGGGUAUGGGCAGCGUGGUUCUGGCAAGACAUACACCAUGACAGGCCCAGACUUUCUUUGGGCUAUGAACGAGGAGGAGUUUGGACUGUUGCCCCAGGCAGUGCGGCAUGUUUUCAACCUCAUGAGAGAAUGCCCAGGGAGAGAAUACCGUGUACAUGUGAGCUACCUGGCUGUGCAAAGGGAUGCUGUAUAUGAUCUGCUCUCCACCUCCAACUCAUACAUGCAACUGAAUGUGCUAGAAGACAAUAUGGGUAAUGUCGUCAUUCCUGGCCUGAAUGUGAUUGACUGCAGCAACAUCACCGAGGUCAUCAACUGCCUAGAGGCUGGCCUAGUCCACCGCCACACUGCAGCCAUCCACAGCCACGAUCCUUCCGCUUCACACGCCAUCUUCUCCCUCAUUCUGGAGCACCAGUGGACGGAUCCGGAUGGGAAGCUAAAGUACCUAUAUUCACGGAUGAGUUUCGUUGACCUCGGAGGUUCAGAGAGGCUAGUGCAGUUUGGGUAUGGGGACUAUGGGCGCCCUGGCGAGGAGUCCUUCUUCCUCAACUCCGAUCUGAAGGCUUUAGGAAAUGUCAUCCAUUGUUUGGCGGACCAGACAUACAAGGGGCCUAUACCAUACAAGGAAUCAAAGUUGACGCAUAUUUUAAAGGAUGCAUUUGGUGGCAACAGCCUAAGCUUGAUGGUCUGCUGCCUGUCUCCAUCUGCCGAAGACUUUGAUGCCUCCUUCAAUACACUGAAGUAUGGUGGUCUGGCACGCUACAUCCUGAACUUCCCUGCGGUCAACAUGGCAAUUCAAAACAGUGCUCGAGGGUCAACUGCGACCAUGUCUCCCAGUUCUGCUCACACGACAUUACCUCAUCAGUCUGGAAGCAGGCAGUCAACUUUAACUGGCAUACAAAGCAGUGUGCAGCAGUCCUUGGGAACAGUUCAGCAGUCAACAGGCACCAAUGACACAUCUACUGUUGCAGCCCUAGAUGAUGCAGGCUCACUGGAAACAGAGGACAUGUUCAAGUAA